GUUGGGUGUGUGUGCGGAAACUGACAGGUAGAGAGCUGCCGUCUCUCGGUGAGUUGCAGCCAGUGCAGCGAAAAGAUUUAGUAAAUAUUCCGAUAUGAGGUUCAUACAAACAGCCAGAUUAACUAUGUUCUCAUAACUUUGCUCCAGACUUGAGUUCAGUAACAUUAGUGGACGUGGGCGAAGGGACCGCAAGCCAGGAACAAACGGGAAAUUCAACUGUCAGCUGGCCGGGAAAACCGAUCGCACCACCCGGCUUCCGGGGAUUCAGGGGCCGCAUCGGUUGACUGCAGACGUCGGUCGGUAGCUCGGGGGAGUUAUACAUCAUCUACAUCAUCGCCGACAUCCACCUCUCGGUUUCAGCGACUUUCGAGAUGUCAAGAAAGCUACAAAGGACAGAAGUCUGCGCGGACUGCAGUGCGCCAGACCCGGGCUGGACCAGUAUCAACCGAGGGGUCCUGAUCUGUGAUGAAUGCUGUUCAGUCCACCGCAGCUUAGGUCGCCAUAUCUCCAUAGUCAAGCACCUGAGGCACAGUGGAUGGCCUCCCGCACUACUGCAGAUGGUUCAGACGUUGGCCAGUAACGGAGCCAACUCCAUAUGGGAACACAGCCUCCUGGACCCUGCUCAGGUACAGAGCGGUCGUAGGAAACCCAACCCCCAGGACAAAGUCCAUCCCACUAAGUCCGAGUUUAUCAGAGCCAAAUACCAGAUGCUGGCCUUUGUGCACAAGCUGCCCUGCCGCGAUGAUGAUGGCGUCACUACCAAGGACCUCAGUAAGCAACUUCACUCAAGUGUGCGGACGGGGAGUUUAGAGACGUGUCUUCGGCUGCUGUCCCUCGGCGCUCAGGCCAACUUCUUCCACCCGGAGAAAGGCACUACCCCGCUCCAUGUGGCAGCCAAGGCAGGCCAGAUCCUGCAGGCUGAGCUGCUAGUGGUGUACGGUGCAGACCCCGGAGCACCUGACAUCAACGGACGGACACCUAUGGACUAUGCAAGGCAAGCGGGCCAUAUAGAGCUAGCAGAGCGGCUGGUAGAGUGUCAGUAUGAACUGACGGACAGACUAGCCUUCUACCUUUGUGGGCGGCGCCCAGAUCACAAGAAUGGCCAUUAUAUCAUUCCUCAAAUGGCAGACAGAGCUCGUCCUAAGUGCCCGACACAGAGUCUGGACCUCUCAGAAUUGGCCAAGGCUGCCAAGAAGAAGCUCCAAGCGCUCAACAAUCGGCUGUUUGAGGAGCUAGCAAUGGAUGUGUAUGAUGAGGUAGAUCGCAGAGAAAACGAUGCAGUGUGGCUUACGACCCAGAACCACAGCACUCUGGUAACAGAACGCAGCGCGGUGCCCUUCCUACCAGUCAAUCCUGAAUACUCUGCCACACGCAACCAGGGCCGUCAGAAGCUGGCCCGUUUCAACGCUCGGGAGUUUGCCACACUCAUCAUUGACAUCCUGAGUGACGCCAAAAGGAGACAGCAGGGGAAAGGUCUCAGCAGUCCUACUGACCCAUUUGAUCUGGGCAUUGAUGAUGACCAGCAUGACUAUGACAGUGUAGCCUCUGAUGAAGACACAGACAGCGAGCUUACCACCCAGAACAACAACAACACGCAACGCAGCAACCGUGCAAAGAGUAUGGACUCAUCAGACUUGUCAGACGGCCCCAUCACUCUGCAGGAGUACCUGGAGGUAAAGAAGGCGCUGGCCUCCUCAGAAGCCAAGGUGCAGCAGCUGAUGAAGGUCAACAACAACCUGAGCGAUGAGCUCCGGCGGCUCCAGAAGGAGAUCACGCGGAUGCAGACAGAGAACAGUGCGCUGCGGGGGGGCCAGCAGGCUGGGGGGGCAGCUGGCCAUGGGGUAGGGGGCCCUGGCGGAGGAGGAGGCCACUGGCAAGGGGGUGGGAUGAGAGGAAGUAUAGGCGGAGUGGGUCUGGGUGGGUUUGGGACAGGAACGGACCCCCAAGGGCUGUCGGUGCCCUCCUCAGUCGCCCACCACUCCCAUCCCCCCCGAAGGGACCGCCAGGCCUUCUCAAUGUACGAGCCAGGGGCGGCCCCCGGCCCCACGGCCCAUGGUCCCCCAGUCCUGGACUCCCUGGCAGCCCGCCUGCAGCCCCUCAACACACCCAGCGUACGGAAGGGUGGUAUAGGGGGUCCAGCACCGUAUGGAGGCCAACAUCUGUCUGGAUCUACAGAGAUGGGCAGAUACAUGGUCCCCAAACCAGAGAAGCACGGCAGUGGCACUGACAGCGACUAUGACAACACACAAACAUACGACCUCUCGCUAAGUAUGGGGCGCAGCAGCGAGGAGGAAGGUGGUCGUGGGGAGUCUGAGGAGGGAGGAGGUGGGGACGUGGGGGAGCCAGACCCCACCCUGCCCUGCACAGAGGAUGUCAUACUGAAGACUGAGCAGGUGACCAAGAACAUCCAGGAGCUGCUCAGGGCUGCUCAGGAGUUCAAACACGACAGCUUUGUUCCAUGUUCUGAGAAGAUCCACUCUGCUGUCACUGAGAUGGCCUCACUCUUCCCCAAACGCCCGGCAUUAGAUGCAGUCCACUGCUCCCUCCGCCUGCUGGCUUCCAGUGCCUCGCGGUUGCAGGUGGAGUGCCGUAAGGCGGCGCCCUCAGAGCCUGGCGGCCCUGCGGUGGACUACCAGCUCCUCACUCAGCAGGUCAUCCAGUGCGCCUACGACAUCGCCAAGGCUGCCAAGCAACUGGUCACCAUCACCACUCGUGAGAAGAAACAGUGACCCAACAACUACAUGGAUGGAUCGAGAGGGAAGAGGGAGAGAGAACGGAUCAAUGCAUGGGUGGGCUAAGAGGGAUGGGGAGGGGCUUCUCGGAGAGGAAGAUAGAGGGAGAACCGGAUCACACUAUUAAUGAGAGGACGAGGGAACGGGAGUGAUCAGGAGAAUGAAUGCUGCGAUGAGGGAAGGAAAAAGUCUGGAAUAUGCAUGGCAAAGGAAUCGGAUGAAAGCAAAGCGAAUUGAUGGUUUAGUAGAAACGCUACAGGGGACUGAAAAAGGAGAAAUUCCACAAGUGUGGAAGAGAAAGUAGGGUAGGACAAGUGGAAGGAUCCAACAUGGGAACUACAGCCUGCUGCAACCUAAGUAAACUGUUGGAAUCAGAUGUGUAUAAUAAACCACUUAAACUGUGAUAAGCAUACGUGAAAUACAAUGGUGGCAAUGUACAGUGAACUGGAUCCGGAGAUGAUACUACUUUAUUUAUUCUCACCUGUCACUCGUCAUCCCUCCCUCUCCCGGUUUACCUGAACUAGGGAGAGAGGAAGUAUGUGCUGCGAGAGAGGGAAGUAGAUAGACCAAAAAAUGACAUACUCCACACACCAUCUCUGUCCCUCCGUCCUGUGGAGUCAGGACGUUCUCUCCUCUGCCCCGCCCCCCCCCCCCCCGCUUCUCUCUCUCUCUUUCUCUCUCUCCCUCUCCAACUAGACACAAGGCCCCUCUGUCUCCUAUCCCGUCCCAGACAAGAUUCGCUUGCGGUGCAGAGGAGGAUCUCCUGGGACCCAUCCAGCUCCCCACCCCACCCAGCCCCUCAGAUGCUUCCUCCUGGGUUAGCUUUUGCAGGAGGCUCCAGCGUUUCUCCGACCCGUCACCCCGUUGUCGGUGGUACACAGCAUGAUCUGGCAUGUUUUGAUUUCUUUCCUCUCUCUUCUUCAUUUUUUUUUUUUUUUUUUUUUUUUUAAUACGCAGAUUGGUUUGGUCUGCACCUCCUGAGGACAA